GGCCAUGACGUCGUGCGAACGGCACAACAUGGACUGCCAAGAUGUUGUCCCGGUAGUACUGGCCUGUAACACGCCCUGCAACAACAUGUAAAGCCGUUCUUCCAGCAACAGUGAUGCCUCCCCACACCAUAACAGAACCACCCCCAAAUCGAUCAUGUCUGAUGACGUUAACGUCUUGGAAGCGCUCGUUUCGACGACGCCACACCCUCCUACGUCUGUCCAGUGAACCUUGACUCAUCUGAAAACAUCACAUUGCUCCAGCGUCGAUUAUCCCAGUGUUGACGAUCCCUACACCAACGACGUCUUGCCUGAAUGUGAUGAUCUCUCAAACAAGGGAUCACGCGAGGACGUCGGGCGCGAAGGUGACCCCUAUGCAGUCGAUUCCGAAUCGUCUGGCCACUCACUCUCACACCAGUGUCUGUUUGAAGACGAGCGCUGAUCUGAUUUGCUGUGAUGACACGAUUUCUCAAGGCCAAGGUACGGAUAAAACGAUCCUGGGCUUGAGUUGUCGCCCUUGGUCGACCUGAGCGUGGUCUGUCCUGUACAGAUUGUGUAUCACGGUAUCUGGACCAUUGCCUGCUUAUGACAGACUGAGAAACAUUCAUCGUCCGCGCCACAACCGCCUGUGUUGUGCCGAUCUGUAGCAUGCCAAGGGCACGUAACCUUUCAUUUUGGGUAAGCCGACGCAUAUCAAAAUUUGUUUUCUGGUCACUAAAACAAUUAAACUGAUGUUUCCACCCUGGAAUUCAAUGCCACAAUGACUGUAACAUUCAAAGUCAGAGUCGUGCAAAUCUUGGGUUGGACCCCCAUGAUGAUCCCAAGCAUCACCUGCGUUUGGGCGUCACAUGUAACUGGAAAUGUUUCUUCUGUUAGGUUCUAUAGUGACUUUUUUCGUAGUCAUUUACAUAUUUUAGUAUUAUGCCCCCAAAAUCAAAUAUCCCCUACUUUUUUUGAAUAGUAUAUAACUCAAUGUUCAGUAUGGUAUAGACUUAAUUAUGACAUUGUGUGUCAUUGGGACUUUAAAUAAGCUUAUCUUUAAAGUUAAGGUUGUAAGUUAAGAAUUGACAUAAACUUGUUACUGUAAGUGUAAGUUAUAAAUUAUGAAAUGAUGAUUGUCUUAAGCUCUAAGCACCAAUAUAUCACCAACCCAACUUUAUUAUGGUGUAAUAAAGCUCAUAUAAAUAUUAUCCGCCCUUCACUUAUUUAACCCAUCAGGCCAUUAGGCCACAUUAUUUUACCAUUGCUUUAUGUGUUACUGUCAGGAGGAAUAUCAUUAUGUUAUGAAUGAACGGGAUUGAGAGGUCACCGACCCAUGACUCCUGUUAACCUAUGACCUGGUCGCCAAGUCAGCAACCUGAUGCUAGCUCCAUACUGGGCUUCCAUAAACCAUGGUGACUAAGCGUGUUCAGUUUUUAAUAUUUUUCGGAAAAGUAAUGUAUUUGAAGAAGAAAGACUUAAAUACUAUGGGGUUUAUGGUUUGAUAAACUACAUGGAAAUCUGCUGAAAGUCGAUGCCUAUGGAAAUAUAUUGGUCUGUGCACAUGGCUUCAAAUUUCUUAAACCACAAGAGAUUGCACAGAUGUAUCCAAAUAAAUUUGUACAAUUAGAUGAAUCCAGAUUGUUUGUUUUAAAUACACUCUUUAAUCUUCCAGAGACCUACAUGUUAGCCUGUAUCAUAGAUUUCUUUAAUUCUAGCAAACUUUAUACUAGAGAUAAACACGGUAUUAGAAGUGGUAAUCUCUAUUUUUCGUAUAAAUCUAUUUUUCAAGAUGUCCGUGGAGCUGUUGAUCAUAUUCAUUUCAAUGGUGCCUUAAAAGAUGAAACCACAAAAAAUUUAGAAAAAUAUGUACAACGAGAUGAACGAUUACCUCUAUUGUUAGAAAGAAUACAACAUCAUGGUGCUAAGACACUUUUGAUAACGAACAGUGAUUAUGAUUAUACUAAUCAUAUAAUGAAAUAUUUAAUGGACUUUCCUAACUCAAAUGGAGAUGUUCGAGAAUGGUCAACAUAUUUUGAUUAUAUUGUUGUUGAUGCCAAGAAACCGUUAUUUUUCAAAGAUGGUACAAUUCUACGACAAGUAGAUAGGACAACUGGCUCAUUACGAAUUGGACAUCACUGUGGUCCUUUAGAACCAGGUCAUGUAUAUUCAGGAGGUUCUUGUGAUGUAUUAUCUGAAGUUAUUGGUGCUAAAGGUAAAGAUGUCUUAUAUGUUGGUGAUCAUAUUUUUGGUGAUAUUCUGAAAUCCAAGAAAAUGCGAGGUUGGAGAACGUUUUUAGUAAUACCUGAAUUAUCUAGAGAACUUCAUGUGUGGACAGACAAACAUCAGUUAUAUGACUGUCUUGAAGAUGAAGAAUCUAAAUUAUCAGAUGUUUACAAGGAUCUUGAUAGCAGUACCACAGAGAAACCAGAUAUUAGUUCUAUGAAACAGAGAUUAAGGGAUGUUACCCACAGACUUGAUAUGAGCUAUGGUAUGUUAGGAAGUUUAUUUAGAAGUGGUUCACGUCAGACAUUUUUUGCUGCUCAAGUUAUGAGAUAUGCUGAUCUUUAUGCAGCCACAUUCCUAAAUCUCUUACACUACCCGUUCUGUUACAUGUUCAGAGCUCCGCCUAUGCUGAUGCCCCACGAAUCUACAGUUGAUCAUGAAAAUACCUUUGAGGGUGAAACAGAGGUUUUUUCACGUACACGUGAGGAUGAGGAUGAGAUUGAUGGUAGUCAUAAAAGAGUACGAAGGUCAAGUUCUUCAACAAACCAUGUUCCACAUUUACGAGCUAACACGCCAAAAAAGGUCACUCAUGUACAUGAUGAAGAUGGUGACUCUAGUGACUCGGAACAUUCUAGCACUCCGAGUGAAAAAUCAAACUAAAAAGUCAUGAUAUAAAAUCGUAGUUUGAAAUAGACCCUUUACAAAAAAAAUGACUAUGUAGGAGAAACAUAAAUGUGAUCAAAUAUACAUUUAGGAGUAGAUGUUGCAUUAAAAUUCUCAGCUUUAAAUUUAUAUUAUAUUGUUAUUACAUUGGUGCUGGCUAAGAAAUGUAGAACAAGAUAAAUUUUAAAUUUGUGCAUAUUCUUACUUAAUAUCAAGUUACCAAAUCCUAUCUUAUUUGGAAGAGGCAGAAUGUGAUAAGGACCAAAACUUUUUUCUUUUUAUAUUCUAAUAAAUUUACACAGAGAUUUCAUUUAACAGAAAAAUUGUCAUUUCUACUUCUAGUAAUACUUUUACACUGAAAACCAUGUAAGAGAUAUAUAAAAUUUAUUUUAAAACUAUGAGAUAACCCAUGUUAAUACCCAAUUAUGUUUUGUUUACAUGUUAUUGCAAAUAAUUUUCAGUAAUUAAUGUUUUUCAGAUUAUAUGUUAUCAUUCCUAAAAUUUUAUAUGUCACUUUGAAAGAGUUGAACAUUAUUCUGAUAUCAAGAACAUUUUCUUUGUUGUUAUUUUAUUUUUUUGGCUCAUUUUGUUGCCCAAUUAUUGCAUUUAUAUUUCUAAGUUAAUGUUAAAAUAUACUGGUAAUUGUUGUUUAAAACAUUAUUUUUCUGCAAUUGAAUUUUGUUAAGAAAUUAUUUUCUUUCCAUCAAACAGAUUCACUAUUGCUAGUCAUGUGUUCAAUUUAUAGUCCCUUCUUUAUAAAUUGUAAUUUUUUUUAAAACAAAGGUUUAAAGUGUGAUCACAAAUAUUGUGAAAAUUUGAAUGUAUAUAGUUGACUAACAAUACCCAAAGUGUACUUAAACUUAAACAUACCACUGAAGGUUAUGCAAUAUGAUGUUAUAAAAUUAGCUGAUUUUAUAUUAUUAAACUUUGUCAUAAAAACCAUUGAUAUAAUUGUUAUGAUAAAAUAUUUUGUCUUGUAUUUUGUACUGUAGAUAUUAAUAAUAUAUUGAUUUUUUGAUGCUCAUAAUAUAUAAACUAUUAUGUAUGUACAUGUAUGCUUUUUAUACCCAAAUGUAUUUAAGUCAAAUUAUAAUGGUUAUUUGAUAUAAUAUUGUUUUGUUUAUUGUUUUUGAAAGAAUUCUGAAUUUAACUUGUUUAAAAGGCUCAUUCAAGAAUACCAAGCCUUAGAUAUUUGUUAAUGAUUGUUAUUUAUAUUUGUCUUGAUUUUAAAUGUACCGAUGUUAUCUAUAGAGUUCUGUUUAUAUAUUAAUAUAUAUAUAUGUAGUUUCAUCAUUUUUACCAUGUUUAAUUGGUGCAUUAUUUAUUUCUUUAUUACUAUAAGAAAAAAACAUUUUGAGCUCAUACACAAUAUGUGUUGAUGAGGUUAUGGUGGAAUAGUUUAGGGAUUAAUUGAUUAUGGAUCUUAACUCUUUGCAAUGCUAUAUAUUUACUGGCUUUCAGCUUUUUGGGAAUUUGGUAUGGUAUACUAUUGCAACUUAGAUUGUAAAACUUCAAAAUAAGUACUUGGUAAGAAACCACACUGUAAAAGACACAGGACACUUUAUCAAAUUUAUUAUUGUACCAUAUUUAGAAUACCUACCAUUAUAAACAAUACUCAUAUUUAAAAUUUUCUUAGUAUUUUAUCAAAUAUCUUCAUGGAUAUUCUUUUUGUUGAUAUUUUAAUUGUCUUUUUCAAAUUUUGUUUGGGUGGUACAUUUGUUAAUGGUUUAAUCUAAUGAAAGAUGAUGCUCAUCAUAAUGAAAUAGUCUAUUAAUGAUGACUACAUGUUACAGUCUAAUAAGAUUAGGCCAUACUUUCUUUUCUCAAAUUUUAAUUAGAUUUUUAUUAAUGUUAUAGGAUAUUUAUAUAUGCUUAUGUUUAGAAUGUAAAUUCACUUUUAAAGUUUAUUUACAAUGGGUUAUUUUAUAGCUAUAAAGAUAUUAAUAAAAGGUUAAAACAAC